UUCCACCCGUGUGGAUAGGGUACGCCUAUUAAUACAACAACUAGAGAAACAGAUCUGAUUAAAUUAUUUGUAUACAUCACAAUAGGUAUUUUUAUCAGACGAAUCAAGGCUGUACGUCCCAUGAACCCUACUCUCCGCCCUCCUGAAGAUCGCAGUCAGCUGAUGUAAAGUGUUUUGAGAAAGUUCGCUGGCGGAGCAAAGCUACGAAGCGACAGAGGGUUUCCUGGUGAGCUCGCAACCGACCAGCGGCGGACGAGAGGAGCGUCAUCACUCCCUUUAAUUUCACAACACGCGUGCAAAAAUGUGGACGGAGGUGAAAAACCAGACCAAAAUUGUAUUUAGCGAUGGAAACACCUCGGAGGUAAGCGUUAGACAAACUCAUCGUAGGCGAAUAAACAAAUAAAAACAGAGAGCUGUUCCAAUGCACACAUGGGUCCUCGCUACAUAUGAACAGCGCAAUGAGUCAACGGCCAUCCCUCGUCCCUCAUACACAGAAGACCCCCAGGCCAGAGGCAGCGGCAUCAUCCCAGGUUUCAGUUGGAACAUGCUCAAUGUUUGUUUCCAUGGUGGAAAAGAAAAAGACUUAAUCAGACACGUGUCAGGUGGCCAGACCCAGGCAGGCCAGAGGUUUGGAAGACAGCGUGACAUUCCGCUAGCCACGGUAAUGGAGCCAUUGCAGCUGCAGUAUUCAUUGGUUUCGUAUUGGGUCUCUAUGCAGUUCUGUGGAAGUGUAUGGUCUCACCACCCCAAAGCGCAUUAUGAGUUAGUCACUAAGUAACAGCUGAACACUCAACAUAGGAAGAAGAGGAGGGUGAGGGUUCGAGACAAGAGGAGCCAAGUAUGCUGACUGACAAUCAGGAUCUCAUCUAGGCCAGAGGAUCCAAUGGAUCCAACUCCUGCAUCAAACCCCGGCCAGUCAAACGGACCCGAAAAGAUCCACUCAUACUGACUUGAGUCUCUCAUCAGGAUGUUCCUGGACAUCAGAGAGGAAAUGGAGAUUCAGAAACAUUUGCAUAGAGCUAGGGGAUGGCAUAAUUAUGGAUCUAGCUUAUCAUGGUCAGAGGAUGGAUCGGAAUCUAAGGAUCCGGUCAAAUGGAUCUAAAAGGAUCUUCUAAAUUGCCUUAAGAGGAUCCACUCAAAUGGCUAAAGGAUCCAACUGAAGUGCGUCAGAGAGCAUGAUCAAACAAUCUAAAUCAGUUAAGCUGGGGUCUGCAGACCCAUCAAACUUGUAAACAUUUUUGUAUGUAAAAAAAAAAAAAAAAAAAAAAAAAAAAUCUGAAUAUUACUAACAGGUCAAACACAUUUUUGCCAAGAGAUCUGUUGAAUUAGUUUAGAGUGUAAAUACAAUAAAAUGUCAUAUCAUUAAUAUACAAUUUAUGUUCUUAAACCCUGGACAACGUGGGCCUGGGAGGCUCACAGGGAUAUUGGCAUCUACAGUACUCACCAAUUAUACAUUUUUCAACUCAAUAACCCAUAGUGUGUGUGUGUGUGUGUGUGUGUGUGUGUGUGUGUAUUUUAAACUGCAGUUUUCUUUCUGUCUCAUGGGAAAAUGUGUAGAAUUGCAGAAUAUUAGUGCUAAAGCUGCCCAAAACUCUUUGCCCCAUGACAAAAUAUGUCAAGAGGCUGGCCUUUUAAAAUGUUCCUCUCCGGGACAUGCCUUGGUUCGUCCGGCCAUACACUGAAGUCAUAGUAAAACACAGUGUGUGCUAUUUUUCUCACUCGAGUUCUGAUUGAGGGGGUCCCUUUAUAUAUUUGCUAUCACAAAAGAGGUGCCGGACCCCAAUAGUUUGAGAGAGCCUGAUCUAAAUGAUUCUAGGAUCCACUGUAUGCCACAGUGCUAUGCCUGCGUGAGAUGCUGACUUUAACUGAAGCGUAGCUAUACUGUUGUCUGCGGGUCACUGAGAUUUGACAGUGAAAUCUGUACUACUGAGGAAGGAGGCAGCACAGGUCACUGUUCUUCCUAUCGGUCAACAAGCCUACUGGCCUGGCAAACAUGGGUAUGUUUUUUUCUCUCUCUGUUUGGGUGAAAGUGUGUGUAGAUUUUGAUUAGGGUUGACUACAUGUGUUUGAAAGCAAAGGAAAGUGAUAAUGAAUGGGAAAUUUGCUAAUACUUUAUGUAUUUGGUUGUGCAUGUGAUAUGAUGGCUUUAGGUGAAUGAUUGAGCUGGAGUUAAUGGCCUUAUGAUAUCCAGGUUUUGUCAUGUUACUUUUCCUCAGGAUGUGACUUACUGUUCCUUUCAUUAAACUGUGAUUUGUGUUCUUGCA